CUUUUCAAAGUGCAGUAAUGUUAACUUUGAUGCAACGGAGGUUAAAUCAUGAAUGCAACAUUGUAGUCGGUGAAAGGUCUCUAGACUCAGUGGAAAAGAUAUUCAUACCUUACGCUGUGAAACAUUCGUUUUUGCAACCAGCGGAGAGUGAGAUAUUACACGGUUAUUUAUCAUUAUUUAAGACUGACUACAAUGUAACAGAACCCGUCAAACGGAUUUACAUUCGCUGUUCACCACUGCAGUGUUACGAAAGAAUACUCAAAAGGAAUAGGAAAGAAGAGAUGACGAUCAGUUUAUACCAAUUAGUCGAACUACACGAGCUUCAUGAGAAAUGGUUAAAUACUGAAGACGUUGCUAUAUUUGAUGGAGAAAAACCUAUACAGCAAGUUGUUCAUGACAUUAAAAAUUUCAUACUUGACAACUGCGCAGGAUAUAGUGAGAACGAUCAUAAAUCUGAGAGGGGGGUACCCAGUCCUGCCUAUAUGCAUGUAAACAUGGGAGAUCCGACAACACCAGCACAACCUCUCGACCGUCUACAAACCUUUACAGACCUGAUACCGAAAGAACGAUGAGAGCCUCAAUUCUUGUCUUUUCCGAGGGAAAAUUGGACCGGAAAAUGUGUAUUCAUUAAGCCAAAUUAUACUUGGA